UCUUGGGAAAUAAUUAAAAAACCUAAAUGUCAAGGAAAUUUUUUGACUUUUGCGUUAUUUGGACUAAAUAUUCGUUAACUCCCGCUUCAAAACUGGUGAAAGAAGGCUCGCUGUAACCAUGGAACUGCCUGAGGUGGUGUCAGUGCGAAAAUUUAAGGAUUUUUCCUUUAAACAAAAGGAAGAAGUCUACGAAACUCUGUUACAAUUGUCUCGGGUUGUUGAGGACUUACCUAAGAAAUCGUUACGCAAAACCUUAGAUCUAACACUCGCCGUACUGGACUUCAAAGGUAGACAGGUCAAGCAAUUGGAAGGCGAGUUGGAAGCAAAGGAUCAGGGCAGCUUGGAAUCCCAAAAUGACCGUUUGGUGGAUGAAAAUGAAAAACUGAAAAGAAUGUUGAGUGAUUUAGAGGACGAACGUCUUGAAUACAAAAGAAAAGUAAAGGAGUUGACCGAAGAUAUGUUUUCCAUGCAAAAGCGACUGCAAGAAGCCGCCGCCCAUGCUGAAGGCAGUGACAAGGAUUCAUCGGAUCCUUUAUCAGAAUUGGAUAAACAGGAAACAUUGCUGCGUAAUAUAAAUACCAAGAAUAAGCAUAUUAAACGUUUAUUAAGGGAAAUAGAGUCUCUUCAAAAUCAAAAUAUCGAACAAUCGAAAACCAUACUAACCCUAGAAAAAGAUCUGAAGCAUAGCAAAGAUGUGGUAAUGAAACUCAAAGCGGACAUCACCUUAGCUCAGAGUGAAAAAUCGGCUCACAAAGAAACUAUACAAGAAUUAAAUAUUGAAAUUAAACGUCUGGAGGGCAACAUCACCUAUUUGGAAGAUGAACGAGAGAAAAGUGAGGCAGAGGUAAAAGAAUUUGUAGAAAAAUUGGAAAAGAAGGCUAUGGCCUGGAAGAAAAUCGUUGAGGAAAAGGAAAAACAACUGAAGAAGAUGAAAGAUCGCAAUGAUCGCUCAGAGGAUGCACAUCUCAGUCCCAUGGAUAGUGAGACAAAAACAGAAAGUGAGGAAUGCAGUGAACAGGAGGAAAAGUCCAAGCUAUUGCAUUCACUGGAAUGCCGCGACAAACUUAUCGAACAACUUGAGCUGAAAAUCAAAUCCAUGGCAGAAGAGAUGAUAGCCUCUACCAAGCUUAUGAAUAAAAUCACCGCAGAGCGAGAACACGAACGCAAUCCCCAAAAUCCCCGUUCCUGUUGUAAGGCCAUUGAGAGAGCCUUAAAGACCAGCAAUGAUAAGUGCCGUGAGCUUACCGAAAUGCUAGAAAAAGCCGAAGAGGAGUGUUGUCUCAAAGCUAAGCAGGCUUUGGAAGCUUCCAAUGCCUUGACCGCCUAUCAAAGGGGCGAAGAUGGUCUCUUGUCAGCUUUGAGAAAAUGCUCCUCUCUCGAGAAUAAAUUACAAUCGAGAGAAAAACAAAUCAGAGCCUUAGUCAUGGAACUAAAUUCCAUGCAUGAAAUAGCUCAAGAGAACACUUUGUUGAGGAAGCGUUUAAAUAUACCCGAGGAUGUGGUAAUAACAACAAAAAAUCUCUCCGCCAAAGAGCGUUGCAAAGAGAAAAUGAUUGAAAAGUUAACUUUGAAGCUGAGAGCAUCCGAGGAGAUGCGUUUGCAGUUGAAAAUGGAGAAAUGCGAUUUGAGAAAAGAACUUCUUGAACUACAACGUCAGCUCAACAUCAGCCCAGAUAAGCGAACACCUGUUACUGUGUAUAACGAGAAAGGAAAUAAUAGCCCUGAGACUACUGUGGAUCAAUUAACCAAUUUGUUAUUCAGGACUCCCAAAAACUCCCCGAAACAUAGGCCAGCCAAUCUUCUCUCAAGGCGUUCUUCCAAAGAAAUGGGUGAGGUGGACGAUUCAGGAAAUUCGGCAGAGGCCUCGCUAAUGGUAACCGUAUGCAGUCAAUGUCAUGGUAAUUUGAGAGUUGAGCUACAAGAUCAAACCACAAGAGAGUCAGAAAUGAGAUAUCAAGAGAUUUUAGAAGAAAAUGAGCUGCUAAGGCAGGGAAUGUUGGAAAUUCUGGAGAAAUUAAGGGAAUACGAUGAUUGCUCCGAGCAUAUAACCAUCAACGAUAUACUCUUGCAAAGAUUAAUAAGAGCCUUGAAGAUUUCCAGUACUCCCUUAAAUACUCCCAAGCGUUUGAGAGAGCAGGUGCAACAGCUAAAAGAGAGAGAAAAAGCUUUGGAGCAGCAUUUAAGCCAGCAACAACAUGAACUGCAGGAGCUACAGUCCAUUGACAGUCUACGUGAAGAGGGUGAAAUUAAAGGCCCUGAUAUAACACCUCUGGAAAUGCCCCCUUAUUUGGACACUUCCACCAGACCCACUACUCCCAAUAAAAGCCUCAAUAUACCCAAUAUACAAACCCCUGCAACUGGUUUAACUCUUGCCGAGCAACGCCACCACGAAACAGAGUUGGCAGAACUCAAAAUCUAUAAAAAAUAUUACGACGAACUUCAGCUGCACCUUAAUGCCAGCGAGGCGGAGGUUAUGAAAAAUUGUUCUCAGCUCACAGAACAAAUUCUUCAACUGGAGUUGAGUCUAAGCAAAGAGACCAAAAGCUUUCGAUAUCUACGUGAGGAUUUCGAUAAAAAUCUUACAGAUCUAAAACAUUUGGAACUAAAGCACAUUGAAAGAGAGGGUGUCUUGCAGCGGGAAAUUUCUUUGCUGAAAGCCGCUAUUGAGAAACUUAGCCAAGACAUGGACUAUCACAAGGCAGUGUACCUGUACAGCCAUGACGAAUAUAAUCUGUUGCAGCAAUCCUUUCAGCAGAGUCAAAUGCAAUUGGCCUUCCUUACCCAGGAGAUAUUAAAGGGCAAAGAUGGUUCCAAACUCAAUAUACCGGAAAUGUGUUUGGACUAUGGCAUUAUUCAGGAUGAUCUUCAAUUGGCUUUUAUCUCUCAAAAGGAUUUUGAUGCUCAAAAACAAUUGGUAAAGGAUUUCAAUGGUCAACGUUUGGAAUUACAGCGCAAAAUCACACAAUUGGAAAGCCUUUUGGAGAUAGCCCAAAAUCAAAUAGCCUCCCAACAACGAUUGCUCAAUGACAUCACUGAUAACCACAUCAAUUUGCGACAUCUGGUGGCUGAUUUGCAGAGUACAACAGAAGAGAAAUUUCUGGUGGCAAAAAUGCAACGGGAUUUGGAUGAAGCUAAAUCGGAAGUUAUUCAAUUAAAAUACGAACGUGAUGCCCUAAAACAACAUUCGGAAUCCUUACAACUGGACCUUUUAAGCCGUGAUAAUUUAAAGGCAGAAUUAACCAAAAACUUCCAAAUCGAGCGCCAAAAUAAUAAUAUCAAAAUUAAAUUUUUACAAAAAUCCUUGAAUAGCCUACGAGAAAAAUAUGCCAAAUUUACACCGCUCGUCUUCCUCACCAAUUUCGUGUUUUCCUAUAACAAAUUUUUACAAAAAUGCUCAACCAACACUUCCCCCAAAGAGGCAAAGGAGGAGGAAAAUCUGCAGAAAGUUGUUGAGGCAGUAGUGCAGGGAUUAAUGAAAGAAAAUCACGAACAAAUGGAAGGAAAUCAACAAUUGAUAAAGCUCAUCAAAAGCGAAACCCAAUGCAAACUCUAUGAAGAUGAAAUAAAAAAUUUGGAAAAGAAGAACAGUGAUUUGGAAAAGGAUUUCAAUGAGUUGAAAUUAAAAAUGGCCACGGAAACAGAACAUUGGCAUACCGUAGAGGCUCUCUUUGGCCAGGAUGCUGUAAACAAAGAAACAAAACUCAACAAAGAUGAGGAAAAGGUUUUAGAGAGCACAAAGCUGGAUGCACCUUCCACCAAGGACAUAGGCUGCAAUACUGAGGCUAAUAUGGCAACAACCCCAGUGCCAGCUGAAAGAAAACUAUCGGCCAAUAAUAAACCUCGUAAGGAAAUGGUGGACAAAAAUAUGUCCCCCAUACAGACUCCAACAAAACAGUCAAGAAAAGAGCAGGGUACACAAACAGAAGGAAGGAAGGCAGAAAUAAAUGUAAUCAAGGAUAAUUCCAAGAAUGAAACCAAGACAGUUGUUGAAGAAGACAAACCCCCAAAAUCCCCCAAAAAGGAGGAAAAGCCAAUACCAGCAAAGUCAACUCCCAAAAAAGAUGAUGAAAAAUCCACUACAAUUCAAGAAAAAUCAUCCAAAAAGGACGAGAAAGUUGCCACUACAAAUGAAAUAUCCCCUAAAGUGGAUGUUGAAUCCACAAAAGGUGUUGAUACAUCACCUCAAAGGGAAGGGGCUUCCACAAAAGCGGAAGCAAAAUCCACCUCGGAAGUCGAAAUACAAACAUGCCAUGACCCUGUUGCGCUAGACAAUAAAUCUGUUCAAACAGUACAAACUGAAGAAGACAAGGAGGAGAUUAAGCAGAGUAAAAUACCCAAAGGCUCAGAGUUGAAGGAAGCAUUACAAAAACUGCAGAUUUCGGAAAAAAGCCUCCUUGAAGCUAAACAACAAAUCGAGCAUUUAGAAAACCAAUUGAGCAACCUAAAAGAAUCUCAGCCACAAACAACAACAACAACAUCUGGAGAACAAAAUAUGCCAUCCCUACAAUCCGAUGUCAUUGAGAAAACCAUAUUGUCCUUCCACACUUUAUUGAGCGAAAAGGACAAGUCCAUUGGCAAAUACCAGGAUAUUCUGCAGGCCGAACGAGAGCAAACACAUCUCAAUGUGAGCAAACUCAAUGGCGAGAUAGAAGGCCUCAAGAGCACCAUAACCAAUUUGAAUUUCAAUAUAAAAACCAAAGAUAUGGAAAUCAUGGAACUCAAGUCCCAAUUGGAAGCUGCCACAGUGAGACGAAAUUCCAAUGAAAAACUAGAUUUGGCCAGAAAUGCUGCAGGUGGCGAAGAAAAUGCCGACAAUAGUCUGCACGAAAUGACCGAUGAGAAAAUCGAAGAGUUAUUUGAAGAGAAUCUAACUGUCGGAGUUAGUAAUUCACCUGUGAGAACUGUUAAUGAAGGAGUAGCGGCUAUAACCGAGAAACAUGAAUUGGAAGAGAUGAAGGAUAUACCGCAGAAUUUUGUUAAGCAGCUAAAGGAACUUAAAGAUAAAGCUAGCUAUUGGGAGAGUGCACUGAAGUUCAAGGAGGAUGAGAUAGUGAUUCUUAAAGAGAAAAUACGUCUUCUCGAUGAUCGUGAAAAAACUGCCGCCAAUGCCACCAAUCCAGAAAUUGAGCAGCUCAGAUGUCUGAUGGAGGAAAAGGAUCGUCAUAUCAAUGAGCUCAUGGAUACCUUAAAUAAUUUCCAUGAUGACCAACAACGUUAUAUGAAUGAAUCCUCCAACUAUUCGGCCGAACAAAUUGCCAAAUUGGCCAGUGAUUUGACACGCACUGAGGCCACCAAUAAAAUCUAUCAAACCCAAGUUGAGGCCUUGCGCAAACAAUUAACCAGCCUCACGCAACGCGAGAAACAAGCCCGAGAACUCAGUCAAUCGCUGCGCCAACAGCUGAUCAAGCGCCCAGUGGUGUCCAUAAAGACCGAACUUAAUGCCCGCGUUAAAAAUGAGAAUCUUCAAAAGCGUCUGCAACAACUGGAAAUCGAUUUGGAAGAUGCUCGUGCCGAGAUACAGCGUCAGAAAGUCAUAAUAGAAAGCAAACGGGCACGUAGUGCCAAUGAAGUUGGCCUCUGGGAGAAACAAAAGAGAUGGCAACAAAGUGCCGAAAAGUACAAGGCCAAAUUGGAGGAAACGGAAAUUAUGCUGGAGAAGACUCGCAGUCUGUUGCAGGCCGCUCGCACCACCAUUAAUCGCCUGGAAAAGGACAAACAAAUAAUGGAAGUGAAAUUGGGAAGAUUUACGCAUCAGCAUGUCCAAAAUGCCAUGAAAUGUUGCCGCACACCUUCGUGUCCCAAUUUACAUCACCAUGGCGGAGGUUCUCCUAGUCAUGGCAGUGGCAGUGGAGCCAAAUAUACACCCUCAGAGAGUCCUGAGACUUAUACGGGCGCCAGCAGUGAAUGCAGUUCUCCCGGUCGCAGUGUCAUACAGCCCUGCAAAUCGCAUUUUGCCACCUCGUCGGCAGUGCAAAAUGCCCAUGAAGACAUUAUACACGCCUUGAAGGCUCGCAUUGAGAUGCAGCAGCGCAAGAUUUUAGCUUUGGAACUGGAGGGUAAAGGCAGCAAUGCUUUGACCACUGAAAUGGAGAAGUUGCAAGAGAAAUUAUGUGCCACCGAAGCCCAAAAUGUUCGAUUGGAGGCUAAGAAUCUGCAAUUGCAAUUGGAUAAUGAUCUGUUGCGACAGGGCGAUGGCACAGAACGUUUGCAGAAGAGAAUAAAACAUUUGGAGGACUACAUCAUUGCCCUGAAGGAGGAAAGAGCUUCCUCUGAAGCACGUAGAGAACUUUGUAAAUGUAAUGGCCUUAAAGUCAAUCUACAAUCUGGACAAUCAGCAGAGCAUACCAUAAUAUCAUUGCGCAACAUUGUGGAAAAGCUUCGAGCUGAAAAUAAAUAUUUAAAAGAUGGCAGAAGAUCAUGUGAAUCCAGAACCUCCACCGAAGCCUCGGCGGAUUCAAUACGCUUACAACAGCUGUACACCGAAUCUAUGGAAAAAAUAGCAGCCUUACAAAUGGAACUGAAGCAACAAAUCAAAUGUCCCCAUUGUGAGAAUAAACAAAAAAUGUUGGACACCUCACCGGUGCACGAUGAGCUGUGCUAUGUCAAGGAGCAGUUAAUCAAAAAGACACAACUUUUGCAAAAGGCCAAGGUGCUGCUGACACGCGCCGCAGCCAAGGAGAAAGUGUUGAAGGAACAAUUGGCCAUGUGGAAGCGUAAAUGUUCGGAACUGCAAAACGUACCCGUCAUUGAUGAGAUUAGUGAAUAGUUUUUAUUGAUAUUCGAUACAGAUGAAAUGCUAAUGGUGAUAUUUUAAUUGAUUUGCAAUUAAGUUUGUUGUUGUUGUGUUAGUUUUUUGGUUUCGUGUUGUGAUUUUUAAUAAUUUAUUUGCCUGUGU